AUGGCACCCAUAACGGACACGAUCGUCGACGAGCUCAAGAGCUUGGUCAACAAGCUCGAAUCGCGGGUUGCCGAACUCGAGGCCAAGUUGGGCGGAGAGAAGAGCACUCCAUCGUCGAGCGGCGCCAUGCGCAUGAUCUUGAUGGGGCCUCCCGGCGCUGGCAAGGGAACACAAGCGCCGCGGAUCAAGGACAAAUUCUGCGUCUGCCAUCUAGCCACUGGGGAUAUGCUGCGGGCACAAGUUGCGAAGAAGACAGCGCUGGGCCGCGAAGCCAAGAAAAUCAUGGAUCAGGGCGGGCUGGUCAGCGACGAGAUUAUGGUCAACAUGAUCAAGGGCGAGCUAGAAAGCAACCCCGAAUGCAGGAACGGUUUCAUCCUCGACGGCUUUCCGCGAACUGUGGCGCAAGCCGAGAAACUGGACGGAAUGCUCAACGACAAGCAGCAGAAGCUCAUGCACGCCGUAGAGCUCCAGAUUGACGACGGCCUACUGGUAUCAAGGAUAACGGGCCGCCUGGUUCACCCUGCGUCUGGCCGCAGCUACCACAAGAUAUUCAACCCGCCAAAGGAGACGAUGAAGGACGACGUAACUGGCGAGCCACUCAUUCAGCGCUCUGACGACAACGAGGGUGUGCUCAAGAAGAGACUCGCGACCUACCACGACCAGACCUCACCUGUGGUAACGUACUACCAGAAGACAGGCAUCUGGAAGCCCAUCGACGCCAGCCAAGAGCCGGGACAGGUCUGGCAGAGUUUGCUGAAAGUGUUUGAUGACGACAAGACAACGAUAGGUGGCAGAACCGGCUCCUUGCUUAAUAAGGUUGGCUUCAAGAACUAG